CUCUAUCGUUGAGUAGAAGUAUGAGAAUGAAAAGGGAUUUUUAUUUGACGGUGUGUCAUGUAGUAAAUAUAUUUGAAUAUGAUGGCAAUAUAAAAAGAAUUUUUAAUUUAUUUUUGCGAUUGAAAAAUAAAUAAUUCAUGUCAUCACCAAAUAUUGGGGUCAUCAACUUUCUCUCAUCGGUACAACAGCUUUCCGUUUAUUCUUAUCGAAUCGUUUUCAGUACGUAGCUAGUUAAAGAGCAUUCGGCGUAUACAUACGGAUUAUGUCGUUAUCAAAGCUGUUUGCGUUGAGAGUGUAUAAAAUAAAUGUCCCUGCAAUAGUUACGGGAUGCCCUGGUCGUAAACAUUUCGGAACGUCCGGUACCCGUUACGCGAAACUAGCGCAAGAAAAGAAAACGGACUGGAACCGUGCCGUAAGCGAAGCUGAGAAAAUUGUCGGGUACCCGACUUCUUUUUUAAGUCUACGCUGGUUAUUGAGCGACGAAAUUGCUAAUGUUGCCCUACACUUACGGAAAUUAGUCGGCUCUAAUCACCCGUUACUGAAAACGGCGAAGGGGCUGUUAUACAAUGGAAAAAACAACAUGCAAGCCUGGGGCUUGAUAGUGCUUUUAGUUUCAAAAGCAGCGGGUCACGCAGCAGACAUCCCUGAUAUGGAACAAGACAAAGCUGCUGGAGUGUUGCAUAGCCAGAGAGCUCUCGCAGAAGUCACAGAAAUGAUUAGGACAAGUCAUCUGGUGCAUAAAGGAUUGGUCAAUUUGCAACCACCAACCACAGCGGAUCCUUCCGGGGAUAUGAUGUUCGGUAACAAAAUUGCAUUGCUGAGUGGAGAUUAUUUGUUAAGCAACAGUUGUAUAGAACUGGCAAAUUUGAGGAAUCAAGAUUUGGUGGAGUUAAUGAGUUCGGCGGUGAGAGAUCUAGCGGAAGCGGAAUUUGUGGGACCACGCGAUAAACAGAACAAUCCACUGCCGGCCAGACCCAAGGAGAGUUCUUCCAAAUAUACGCAGUUUACCGAAAAUAAUUUGGAACCUCUGGUCGUUAGUGAAGCUUUGGGCAAUGCUCAAGCGGAAUGGACUCUGAGACAUGUUUUGACCGCCGGCAGCCUUUUAGGAAAAUCAUGUCAAGGUACACUGAAACUAGCCGGACAUACCAAAGAGUUACAAGAGAAGGGGUAUCUAUUUGGUAAACAUUUAGCUCUUGCGUGGCAGGCUUGUCUGGAUCGGGAGCCCUUCACUCCUGGUUCGAGCGGACAUUUCAGUUUGGUUUGCGCCCCCUUAAUUUUUACUCUGCAACAUAAACCUUCCCUUUAUGAAUAUAUUGAAAAAGGACAGGGCAAUGUCGAAGAUGUUGACUACGAACUGCUAAGGAGAGAGGUUUUGCAAGGACCCGGUUUGGCAUUAACAAAAAAAUUGCAAAAAGAGCACUCACAAGCUGCACUGACCAUGUUAAAAGAGUUACCAGCUUCAGAUGCUCGCACGGCGUUAGCGAACAUUAUUGAAGCAAUGGAAGAAUCUUAACGAGUAUUUAUCAGACACA